AUGCCUGGCAUCACCGUCCAACCUAUCAGUCCCUCCAAGCCCGAAUUCGGAGCUCUCCUUCAUAAUGUCGACUUGGACAAUUUCUCGGAUGUAGACUUCGACAUUCUCCGUGAUGCUCUGUACACCCAUAGCGUCAUCUGCAUCAAAUCACAAUCGAACCUCACUCCCAAGGGACAAGCUGAGCUUACCCGCCGCUUUGAUCCUCAAGCAAUGUCAUACGGCCAUGGCAAAACCAUCGAUGCCAAGCGUUCAAUUCUCCACCCUGAUCUGAAAACCGUCCCUCACCAGCCCGAGGUCCAGGUGAUUGGAAAUGGUUUUGUCCCCGAAUACGAAGGCUUGAAGAACAUCACUCUCAAGCACCCUCAUCAUCGAACAUUCCACCAAACCUUCAUUCCUGAUGAGCAAGACCUUGACUUCACCCGCUUCUAUCGCUGGCACAUUGACGCCGCCUUGUACGGCGGCCUUCACCCACCAUUGGUCACCACUCUUCUCGCAGUCAAGGUCCCAGCAGGCAGAACCCAGACCCUCCUCUACGAUGAUGGAAGCAACGAUACUCUCCCCGUCCCUCUUGGCACCACGGCUUUCGUAUCCGGCUACACCAUGUUUGACAACCUCACCCGGGAGCAGAAGGAGUUCGUAAUGACCUCCAAGAUUGAAUACGCUCCGCACCCUUAUGUCUGGAUCUCGACUGCAAAGUCUCGCCCAGAUGGCCUCGGCAUGGUCUCCGAAGGCAAAGAAGUCCCCAUCGAAAACCUUCCGCCUAUUGGGGACCCAUCCGAUAUCCAGAUCCUCCCCAUGGCAUGGCGCAAUCCGGUCACGGGUAAAUUUGCCUUACAGAUCCACCCCUCCGUGGUGCGCAAGAUCCACCUACGCGACGGCGGUGUGAUUGACGACUUGGCCCGGGUCAGGGAGAUCGUCCAUGACCUACAACGACCCGGAAUCGCCCCUGAACUUGUCUACGCCCAUGAUUGGGAAGAAGGUGAUUUGGUUCUGUUCAACAACCAUGGCGUCUUGCACAGUGUCGUUGGUGCCUUUGGCGAGGGAGAAGUCAGGUUGUUCCGCCAAUGCAACUUGGCCGCGAGCCGACCCCCUGUUGGGCCGGAAUAA